AUGUUUCAAAAUAUCAUGAGUCAACAACCUUACGAACCAGAAUUCCAACAGGCUUUUAACGAGUUGGUUUCAACCCUGAAAGAUUCCACUCUUUUCGAAAAGCACCCAGAAUACAAGAAGGUUAUUUCUGUUGUUUCCGUUCCUGAGAGAAUUGUUCAAUUCAGAGUCACUUGGGAAGAUGAUAAGGGAGAGAUGCAGAUUAAUCACGGUUAUAGAGUGCAGUUCAACUCUGCUCUUGGCCCAUAUAAGGGAGGACUUAGAUUGCAUCCUACAGUGAAUCUUUCGAUCUUGAAGUUCCUUGGUUUUGAACAGACCUUCAAGAACGCUUUGACUGGCCUUCCAAUGGGUGGUGGUAAAGGUGGAUCCGACUUCAAUCCUAAGGGAAAGUCAGACUCUGAGAUUAGGAGAUUCUGUGUCGCUUUCAUGAAGCAAUUGGCCAGAUAUAUUGGCCAAUUUACUGAUGUUCCUGCUGGUGAUAUUGGUACUGGUGGACGUGAGAUUGGUUUCAUGUUUGGUGCUUACAAGCAGAUCAAGAACCAGUGGGAAGGUGUUCUAACUGGUAAAGGUUUAACCUGGGGAGGAUCCUUGAUAAGACCUGAGGCUACUGGUUAUGGUUUGGACUAUUACGUUGAGAAGAUGAUUGAGAAGGCUACUGGUGGUAAGGAAUCCUUUAAGGGCAAGAGAGUUGCUAUCUCUGGUGCCGGUAACGUUGCUCAAUACGCUGCUUUGAAGGCCAUCGAACUUGGUGCUACUGUUGUGUCUCUCUCAGACUCUAAAGGUGCCAUCAUCUGCCAAAAAGGUGUCACUCCUCAACAGGUUUUGGACAUCCAGGCGGCUAAACUCCACUUCAAGUCUUUGCAAGAAAUCGUCGUUGCUACCGACUCUUUCAAAGGUCACAAGAUCCAAUACUUGCCAGGUGCAAGACCAUGGAUCCAUGUCGGUGCUGUCGAUAUUGCCUUGCCUUGUGCUACUCAGAAUGAGGUUUCCGGUGAAGAGGCCAAGGCUUUGGUUGCUGCCGGAUGCAAGUUCAUUGCUGAAGGUUCAAAUAUGGGCUGUACCAAAGAGGCUAUUGAUGUCUUUGAGGCCGAAAGAGUGAACACUACUACUACUGGCGGCUCUAUCUGGUAUGCUCCUGGUAAGGCUGCUAACUGUGGUGGUGUCGCUGUCUCUGGUCUUGAAAUGGCUCAGAACUCUCAGAGAGUCCAAUGGACUACCAAGGAAGUUGAUGACAAGUUGAAGGACAUUAUGGUGAAUUGCUUUGCCAAUUGCUACGAGACCUCCUCCACCUACACUGCUGAGGGUAAUAAGUCUGCCCUUCCUUCAUUGGUCAUGGGUGCCAAUAUCGCCGGUUUCGUCAAGGUUGCCGACGCUAUGCACGACCAGGGUGAUUGGUGGUAA